AUGUCAUACUGCCUCUACGCCUACUGGGUCCUCGAUCAACAACGUCAUUUCUUCCACUCCGACAAAAGCCACUUUGAACUCUCGUGGCAGUCGAACGAAUCAUUGCCACACGAGUCGAAAGAUUCUUUGAUCCCUAAGCUCGAGGAAGGUCUGAACACACGAUUACUCCAAUACUGUGAUCCUCUCAAACCUCUCGACACUUUGCUCCAGCUCUCCGCAAGGAUCCUCAUUUGUGGGAUGCGUCAGCGGACUUUACAUCCGUUGGCGCGUGCGGGUGGUGCCAGCAAAGAAGUUCGUGGCGCACUCUCGGAUACCUGCAUACAGUCUCUGCAAUACAACGUUGCAAUGAACACCCACCCGACUCUGACAUGCUUCAGGUGGUUGGUUAAAGCGUUCCUCCUGGCAUGCAUAUUUGUGCGUGGACCUAGUGCAAACGCAGCGCAGGAGGGAGCCAUUGGAGGAACGACGGAGGAUAUAACCGCUGAAACAACUUUCACAGAGCAAGACGUAGAAGGCACAUCUGAUCUUGACUUUCAGGACAUUGACUGGUCAUUCUGGAGCAGUAUCGACUGA